AAUACCGAUAGUUUGUGGCUUCGUUUUCUCGGGUGAGGUGCGAUUUGUGUCUUUUGGAAUAUUUUGAUAUCGUUAUCAAUUUACAAUGCUGAAAUAGUGCUUUGACCUGGAAAGUGCUCAAAUAUGUGUCGUUGUAGUGUUUUAAUCAAUUAUAAUUUGUAUGAAGUGUAGUGUUCAACAUGUUUCGAUGUAUACCUUUGUUUAAAUGUAAUCGCCAAGUGGAAUGUGUAGACAAGCGGCAUUGCUCGUUGCCAACAGUACCUGAAGACAUUUUGCGGUAUUCCAGGAGUUUAGAAGAACUUUUUUUGGACGCAAACCAUAUAAGGGAUUUACCUAAGAACUUUUUCCGACUACAUAGGCUCAGAAGAUUGGGCCUCAGUGAUAAUGAAAUUCACAAAUUACCUCCAGAUAUACAGAAUUUUGAAAAUUUAGUUGAAUUAGAUGUGUCCCGCAAUGACAUUCCGGAUAUCCCCGAGGAUAUCAAGAAGCUGCGUGCGCUUCAAAUCGCAGACUUCAGCAGCAAUCCCAUUCCACGGCUGCCGGCUGGCUUCAGCCAGCUUCGGGCGCUCACCGUGCUCGGCCUCAAUGACAUGUCGCUCACUAGUCUCCCCAGUGAUUUCGGCAGUUUGAUAUCACUCCAGUCUUUGGAACUGAGAGAAAAUCUUCUGAAAUCACUGCCGGAGUCUUUGAAAAAUCUCACCAAACUGCAAAGACUAGAUUUGGGUGACAAUGAAAUUGAGGAAUUGCCUGGGUUUAUUGGAGAGCUGCCCGCAUUAGAAGAAUUAUGGUUGGACCACAACAAGCUACAGUAUUUGCCGCCAGAAAUAGGCAAUUUAAAGGCGCUGUCGUGCCUAGACGUUAGUGAAAAUAAGCUAGAAAAAAUUCCAGAAGAAAUCGGUGGUCUCAUUUCGCUAACAGACCUGCACCUCUCCCAGAACAUGCUAGAGACCGUGCCCGACGGCAUCGGAGAUUUAUCCAAGUUAGCUAUACUGAAGUUGGACCAAAAUAGAUUACAUACGUUAAAUGAAAAUGUAGGAAGGUGUACAAAUCUACAAGAGCUUAUUUUAACGGAGAAUUUUUUAACAGAAUUGCCUAAAUCAAUUGGGAAUCUCAAUGAGUUGACCGUUUUGAAUGUAGACAGAAAUUCGUUAGGUGAAAUACCGCUAGAGAUCGGGAACAUGAUGUUAUUAGGAGUGUUAAGUUUAAGAGACAACAAACUCACAAGGUUACCUAAUGAGCUGGGGAAUUGUAAAUCUUUACACGUCUUGGACGUAAGCGGCAAUAGGUUACAGCACUUACCGUACACGUUGGUGAACUUGGAGCUGAAGGCGGUGUGGCUCUCGGAGAACCAAGCGCAGCCGCUCCUCACCUUCCAGACAGACAGGGACGAAACGACCGGCGAGAAUGUUCUCACGUGCUUUCUAUUACCACAACUUAGCUAUACUCAGCAGCCAGAGCUGGAACACACAUCAGAGGUUGGCAGUGGACCGUGGGUCAGGGAAACAUAUUUAUCACGAUCGCGGGAGCUAGAUAACAUAAGAGAGCCGAGCAUUUCCCGCGACAGAGACUCUGAUAACGACGAUUGGGAAGAAAAGGAAGCUUCCAGAACACACUCGGUCAAGUUCACAGAGGAUGUCUCCGAAGCGAAAGAGGUUCCGUCGAUUCAGGAGGAUAGUGGGGACGUGACACCUUCUGAGUCAUUCUUCGCACCACAGACGAUGCUAGCGCUGAGGCGACCGAUUAAUGUAGUUCGCAAGCUAGUCACCACACAGCGGAGGAGUUCCCUGCAGCGACUAUCCUCCUCUAUAACUAACCUCGCAGAGACACCAUUCGUACGACAAAACACGCCGCAUCCCAAGGACUUAAAGGCGAAGGCACACAAGCUGUUAGCAGGAAGAUCGCCAGAAACUUCGAACACGCAACCCGCAAAGACUGAACCAACAAUCACGAAUGGACUGCCGAUGUCGCCCAUCGAACCGAUACCUGCACCUGUAGAGACUGUAGAACCUGAACCAGAAACGCCAGUACAUCACGAAUUAGCGAAAGAAGAGGACAGCGACACGCAAACUGCCGCUGAUAGAGAUUCAUCUGACGGAGAAAACGACGACAACGAUUCAGACGAAGCUAGAGGUAAGAUUACACGGGCGGGCGCGCGGCGCGUGGCGUGGCGCAGCGGCGUGGCGGAGCGCGGCGCCGCGCCGGCCGGCCGGCUGCACCGCCGCGACACGCCGCACCACCUCAAGAACAAGCGCGUCAACCAGAUCGACGCGGGGCGCGCGCGCGAUCUCAUUGCGCAGAUUUUAAUGCGUGUAUCUUUCACAGGCCAUCAAAAACGAGAAUUACAGGAAGACCGCAAGACCGACGAUGAUGAAACCGCCGAAGAUAUCCCUGACGGUGAAUCAGUGUCGGAGCGUGCCGAGAGCGAGACGCGGCUGGUCGGCGAGCAGCGAUGCAUCGAGGUGCGGAUCGCGCGCACCGCUGGCGGGCUCGGCCUCAGCAUCGCCGGCGGCCGCGGCUCCACGCCCUACAUCGGCGACGACGACGGCAUCUUCAUAUCGCGUGUCACGCCCAACGGGCCGGCUUAUAUGGCUGGGCUGAGAGUCGGCGACAAGGUGCUCUCGGUGAAUGGCACAUCUGUUGUAGAUGUGGAUCAUUAUUAUGCAGUGGAGGUACUUAAAGCGAGCGGGCCCACGCUCACACUGGUCGUGACCAGGGAUUCACCCAAUUCUACCCGAACUCACAGUCGAGCGCCGAGCGGGGCGAGUCAUCACUCAGUGUCGAGUACUACGGAUACGGUGUCUACAUUGGAAAAUGGACAGAUACCAACUGGCCGCGGUCUGCCAACGAAAUCACUUAUCAUCGGGAACCAAUAUGCGCAAGAGUUCGAGCCGGAGUUUAAGGAACAACCGGCGGUUAACAUCCAACCGACUUCUAUUCUCACCACCUCUAGCUACAGUCCGUCCCCCACGGGGCAGGUCACCACCGACUCGUACCAGAGGCUGCAGGCAUCACCACCGCCGCCGACCACCGCGCCCUAUGUUCCACCGGUGUACCAGCAGAAGGUGUUGGUGCACACGACGCUGAUCCGCGACGGCGCGGGGCUCGGGUUCAGCAUCGCCGGCGGCAAGGGCUCGCCGCCCUACCGCCACGACAGCGACGCCAUCUACAUCUCGCGCGUGUCGCCGCAGGGCGCCGCCGCCAAGGACGGCAAGAUGCAAGUCGGCGACAAAGUCGUCUCGAUAAACGGCGUAGAUAUGGAGAGUGCACCGCACGAAGCGGCAGUUGCACUUCUUACCGGCCACGAGAGAUUUGUUAGGCUCGUACUGCAACGAACCAUCACAACCGAACAAGGCGAAUUACUCCCGAGAAAAUCGACGUCAGACGAAGUGAGAGAGCACAAGACGAGCCUUCAGAAUUUGAACAUGACAGCACCGAAAGCCACCGCCAAUCACAUUGCACCCGUGGGCAACCACACCGCACCCACGCGGCUCAGCGCCCAGCCCACGCCUGUAGUCGCACCCGCACCGACCCCCGCACCGACCCCCGCGCCGACCUCCGCGCCGACCCCAGCGCCGGCCCCCACCCCGACCCCCGCGCCGCAGCCCACGUAUGCGUACACGGCGCCGCAGAAACAAACCACGUUCGCACCCACCGCCGCACCGCCACAACCCGCACCGCGAAAGUUGAGCCAGCCUAACGGACAGGCACCGAACAAAUCGACGACAAACAGUACGAGCACGCCACUAUCCCCGGGCGCGACCAACACUCACGGCUCCAGCGACGACGUCUUCGAAGACAUCCAGCCGUCCCGUCCGAUCACGAACGAGGAGUUCCAAGCGAUGAUCCCGGCGCACUUCCUCGGGGCGCGCGCGCCGCCGCCCGCCGACCCGCCCGAGCGCGGCGUGCGCGUCACCGUGCAGCGCGCGCCGCCCGCCGCGCCCGCGCACGCGCCCGCCGGCCUCGAGCCCGGCCGCGUCACCGAGACCAUCACCAAGUCCACCUUCACCGAGACCACCGUCACCAGGGUCACCGACAACCACUUCGUCGCACCGCUCAUCAUUGAAGACGUGAUACUGUUGAAAGAAGGAGGCUCCCUUGGAUUCAGUAUCAUUGGAGGCACAGAUCACUCAUGUGUGCCGUUUGGUGGGAAAGAGCCCGGCAUAUUCAUUUCCCACAUCGUGCCGGGCGGCGUGGCGGCGCGGUCGGGCAAGCUGCGCAUGGGCGACCGCCUGCUGAAGGUCAACGGGCACGAGCUGGGCGGCGUCACGCACCGCGACGCCGUGCAGCGCCUGCUGCAGCCCGGACCCACGCUCACGCUCACCGUGCGCCACGACCCGCUGCCGCACGCCUUCCAGGACCUUACCAUUAUAAAACAAGAAGGCGAGAAACUCGGGAUGCAUAUAAAGGGUGGUCUGAAAGGCCAACGAGGAAAUCCUAAUGACCCUAAUGACGAAGGCGUUUUCAUAUCGAAAAUAAACAGUGGUGGUGCUGCAAGGAGAGAUGGUAGACUUAAGGUAGGCAUGCGGCUGCUGGAAGUGAACGGCGUGUCGCUGCUGGGCGCCACGCACAACGAGGCCGUGAACGCGCUGCGCUCCGCCACGCACGCGCCGCUGCACCUCGUCGUGUGCCACGGGUACACGAGACCCGACAGAUACACGACCGGUAGUGAGAGCGGAACUGCGGAAACCGGUGGCUCUCUGUCGCACUCAACGUCAAGUCUGGAUAGAGAUGACACGUUGCACCAACAUCAACAGGAGCAACGUUAUCAACAGGACCUAGUUGAGUUUGAGCAUGAGAAGCAAGUCGCAGAAACAAGAGAAAAAUCCACUCCCGAAAAGGUGCUAGAUAUAGUGCAUGCGGUGGAAAGCAUGGCCCUAGAGCCCGCGCCCUCCACCUCGCCCGAACCGCAACACAAGACCACUACAGUCGUCAUGUCCAAACACACACUCCAACCUCAGUGGUGUAGCUCGCGGGGCUCGCCUGGGCCGCCCCCGCCCGCGCCCGCCGCGCCGCCCCCGCCGCCCCCGCCGCCCUCGCCGCCGCAGCGCCCGCUCCACCCGCCGCCACCUCCCCCCGCCAAACAGAGACCUCGAGUGCCCCGCAAACCGCAAACGAAACGAGUUAGUUUUAUUCCGGAGCCCGAAGAAGAGCUGCGCCGCCACGUGUCGGUGAGCACCGACGCGCCUGCGGACCCUCGGCUCUCUCCGCCUCGCGUGCAUGAUAACGAUCCGAAGGAGUCCGUGCCCGCCGACGAUAACGAUGCAUGCGAAGGAGUCGGCUCCUUACUAAUCCGAAACCGAACGCCGAAAAGCGACUUGAAAGUGUCGAGGCCGGUGGCCAAGGCGAAUCUGUUGCUCCCCAAUGACCUCAUCAUUCCUCCUCCGCCUCUGUUCGACUCUUACGUACAUGACGAUGUGCCGACUGAUUUGGUGACGAAGGAGAUAGAUUUACCGCCUAUCACUGUAAUUCCUGAGCGAAUCGUGCUGCCCGAGCCUGUAGUGGCCGAAACAUCCAUGCAGUCCUCCACUUCGACAAACUCUCCCGACAGUGAAAUCCCACCGCCUAUAAAUUAUGACGCAUUUCCUGAGAUGGUUUCCUCGUCAAUUACGCCACGUUCACCUUUUCGUUCGGCCAUAGUGUCCGAAGUACCUUCAUUUCAAGUCUUCCGAACAACUACUACAGAACUUCCGUCCUUAGAUGUUGACGAUUAUUCCAACGAGUUGUCAGUGAGCCCUGGUGCUGAGCCAGAUCCUCCCGAGCUUUUACAAGCUCGUUACAAGGUGCUGCCGACAGUGUCCCACGUACCCAACUCUCCAUGCAGCUUGCAUCCAGAUCAAACUUAUUUCGAUAAUAAUGCAAAUCAAUAUCCUGUCCAUCAAUCAUUACGAGAUUUAAGAACUAAAAAUAUUUCACCGUCCAUGGUUCACUCCAGUACAUAUCCAGCUAUAAAUCCAUAUCCUUCUCUAACCACGGUUGCGGGAACGUACAAUCCGUACACUUGCACCGUACCUGUUUGCACUUCUAAUCAAACGUCUUAUUCAAGUCAUAAAACUCAAGUAAGUCCCACGCUAGUGACUAGCCCUCUCGGGAAGGAUAUAAAUACAAAUUAUAUUCGGACUGUAUCGAGCAGCAGUGAUGGGUCUAAAAGUGUUCAAUCAGAGAGAAGAGUUCGUUUCGGCGCUGUGACCGAAGCGCCUGAACACGAUAGAUUGUCGAACAGUAUGGAAUCGUUGAGAGAAGGGAGCCCCUCACCCGCGUCUACCCUGAAACCCGCAUGGAGCAGCAAAGUCAAAGCCUUCGCCAUCGGCGAGGCUUCCCCACCUCAUUCUGGUAACUUUGUGAAAGCAUCCGUCAGCGAUAAGAAAAAGUUCUUCGAAAAUGCCAUGGAGGAGAGCCACAAACCUUCACCGAAACCGGAAAAAGUGUUCACAUUUUUAUCGGCGGAUGAGGUGGAGAAAUUGAAGCAAGAAGAGGAAAGGAAGAUGGCGUCUCUGUCGCGUUCUGAGCUCGGCUCGUGGUCCCCCGGGGAGGACCGCCAUAGCGGAGAUAGCUCGCACUCGGACGACGAACCUUACGAAAACGGACACAGCGCGUCGGGCGGCGUGAGUCCGUCGGCGAAGUCGCAGCGGCGGCGCGCGGCGCGCGGCGAGCCCGCCGAGCACGACGCGCACGCGCGCGCCGCUCGCCGCGCCGCCUGGCGAGCCGCGCGCCUGCGCUCGCUCGAGCAGGAAGCGCUCGAAUCACAAAAAGUAAUCAAGAGUAUGGUGGGUCCCGCCACCGACGUGAUCGGCGAGGUGCCGCCGCGGGACCACUCUCCGUCCGAGAAAUGGCCCCUGCCUCGUAUCGCAUUACGUACAAAACCGGGGCCGAUACUGGCCGUGAAGGAGAAGGAAAAGUUGUUAGACGAGCGCAUUACACUACGCACUGAAGAAUACGUGUGCCCGGCGACCGGCGAGACUAAAGUGCGAACCGUCGAGUACAUUGAAAAAGUCAUUGAGAAAGAGGUGGAAACAACUCAAGAAAAGAUAAUAUCUUUGGAGCUAACGACUAGUCCGAGCAGCGAGACCGCGCCCACCUCGCUCGGGGACGAGCACCGGGCCGGGGACGACGUCGACACCGGCGAGCAUUCCCUGCAGCCGGACAUCCUGCAGGUCGUCAACCCGCUGCUCGACGGCGGCGCGGGGCUCGUCACCGCCAUACCCGUCGGGCCCGCCGUCAAACUCACCUACGCCGACACACACUAGUACACCAACAUCACAGUGCCGAAUCAACACAACACACGGCCAUUCCGAACUUGAACUACUAUCACACUUAAACAAAUAUUGGGCCAAAAUAAUUGGUUUUGCUCGGAGGAUAUUUUUACAGAAAUUCUUAUGGUGCCUCGUACACGAGAACCUCUCUUUGACACGGUGAAAUCCAUUAGCAGAUUUCUGCCCGAAUCACAGAACUAGACCGUCCUGCCAACUUAACAAUGUAGUGUUUCAUUAUCUCUAUUGUGCUGGAGGCCAAGGGAUGCGUGUUAACAUGCAACCAUAGCAGAACUGAUGCCCUAAUAAUUUUUAUUAUAUAGUUUGCUCGUAAGUUAAUUCGGCACUGCCGUCAUCAAUCUCCGCUCAUAUCGUACGUACAUGUAUGGCAAUCCGGUUUGCCCCUCAUUCACUUCAUUUCCUAACCCGAAUCGACGCGAUAUUUUGACGUCCGACUCGAUCGUAGAUUUCUUCAACGAGACGGUCACAAAAAGUUCCCAUCAUACUUAUAUUGUAACUGUGAUAAUAAAUUUAGAUUUCCACCGACUUAUGUUACGCGAGGGGAGUUUGAAGAAAUCCACCAGCGAGAAAUUAAAGGCAUUUUGUUCUGAUCACAAUUUUUAUUUUAAUACUGUAAUUUUGCGACGGAGAUUUUUUAGUUAGCGAUAGGUGUUACUGUUUAUUUUGGUAUGUAAUAUUGUUCUUUGAAUACUUUAUGUAUUUAAUUUUAAUAACUUUCAUUCCGUGCGAGAUAUAUUCUGACUGAAUGUUGAUGCUUUACCUGCUGAGUGGACUUGGUUUGUGAUGUGUAAUGUAAAUGUUAGGCGACUGUGACACACAUAUUAAAUGUAUGUGAAUGUACAUACCAUCGACGACACAGUAUUUAUUAUAUAAAUUGGAUUGAGGCGCGAGUAUAUAAAGAUGGCAUCACAUUUUUAACGAUAUUUUAUCCAUCUUGAUUAGUUAUUCGCUUUUAGAUUAAUUAUGAAAUUGUAUUUGUGGAUAAUUCUUAAUUAAUUCAGUAUUUUUGUUUGUCCUUUGUUGGUCUAUAAGUAUUUUAAUGAAUAUAAUAUUUUUAAUUUUAUGUGGUGCCUUUAUUUGCAAUCAAUUUUAUUUAAUGUAAACUUUUUAAUUAUUUAAUUUACAUUCUGUUUUGUAUGUGAUUCGGUUGUAUUGAUUUACAUCGUAAUUUUGUGGUGUAAAAAGAAAGAUGCAUUUUUUAUCAAACAGUCCGUGUUUUUAAUUUAUAUUAUACUGUAGUUUUAAAACAGGCAACAUGUUGACAAACAAGUUUGUACAUUCAAUAUUUUUGAUAUACGAAUUGCUUUGUAUGAGAACGCAGACGUUGAUACUGUAAAUUUUUACAUUAUUUUUUUGUCUGUCCACUUAAUAUUACUUAUCAGACUGAUGCAUCUUAUCUAGCCUGGUAUAGAAGGUUCGUAUCGUCUUAGUAACAAGAGUUUGUAAUGCAAAUUUAUAUCGAGUAAACUUUGCGGGUCUUAAAUGGCAAAUUAUUUGUCAAAUUUUAUACAAUUGAUUACUAGACGAUACACACCCGUGUACGGCGAAUGAAACUGUUUUAUAAAUGUUUGUCCUUUGUAUCUUUCUAAUGUUCUUAGAAACAGAGACGUGAAAUGUAAACUAAUAAAUAUAUUGUAUGUUUGUCCCAAUAAAAUGGUUUAAUAUAUAUAUUUUAAUGAAA